AUGGAGUCGUACAACUUCGCAGUUCUCGCCAACGUGCUCAUCGCGCCUGGCGACCCAACCCUGCACCAGCGGAUGCUGCUCAACGCCUACCGCUCCGUGUCCCCCGGGGGCCGCGUGCUGUGCAUCGUGCCGGCUUGGGAGAGCGCCAUGUAUGUCAACAUGCGCUGCGACGAGGAGAAGUACGAAGGCCCCUACACCGUGGGCACCGGUGGCGCGAAGCCGACCCGAACUGAGGGAGCGGACCUCUUGAAGGGCAUCCUCCGGAGGUCUGGCGUCCGAACAAAGCACUACCUGGAGCCAGAGUUCCGGCACCUGGCGGCCAAGGUUGGCCUGGAGGUGGAGGCGUGCGAGCGCGUGGAGUACAACUGGAGAUCGGAGCUGGGGUUGUCUUCGGACUGCCAGGUGCCCCCGAGGCUUCGGGACUCGCCACUGCCCUGGGACUGGCUCUUCCUCCUGCAGCGGCCGGGCUGCCAGGAGAAGAACAAGGAGGAGGGAAAGCAGCGACAGGGCUCGAACCCGGCCCUGGCUACGUCCGACUCGGAGACGCGCCUCCCAACUCUGUUCCAGCCCAAGGCACCACCAUCGCGCGGCGCUGAUGCUUCACAGGAGCUUUCCAACAAGCCCUCAGACAGCCAGAAGUCGCUGUUCACGCUCAUACAUGGCUCCAGCUCUGUUUCACAGUGCGACCUCUGA